CAAGGCACAGCUAAUCUUAAGCUCGAAAGAAGAGCAUUUCUUGCUUUUUUUUCCCCGUCCUCGCAGGUUGUUCUUUUUUUUUUUUUUUUUUUGACCACUCCAGACCCCAGACAGGACUCCACACUCGUUGACUUCACACUCUCAUAAGGAAAAAUGGGGAAACAGAACAGCAAACUGACCCCUGAAGUGAUGGAGGAUCUGGUGAAGAACACAGAGUUUAAUGAACACGAGCUGAAGCAGUGGUACAAGGGAUUCCUGAAGGACUGUCCCACCGGCCGGCUCAACCUGGAGGAGUUCCAGCAGCUCUAUGUCAAGUUCUUCCCUUAUGGCGAUGCAUCCAAGUUUGCCCAGCAUGCCUUCAGGACCUUCGACAAGAACGGUGAUGGCACCAUCGACUUCAGAGAGUUCAUCUGCGCACUGUCCAUCACAUCACGGGGCAGUUUCGAGCAGAAGCUCAACUGGGCCUUCAACAUGUACGACCUGGACGGAGACGGCAAAAUCACACGAGUGGAGAUGCUGGAGAUCAUCGAGGCCAUCUACAAGAUGGUGGGCACGGUGAUCAUGAUGAAAAUGAACGAGGACGGCCUGACACCCGAGCAGAGGGUGGACAAGAUCUUCUCCAAGAUGGAUAAGAACAACGAUGAUCAGAUCACACUGGAGGAGUUCAAAGAGGCGGCCAAGAGCGACCCAUCCAUCGUAUUACUGCUGCAGUGUGACCUCCAGAAAUAGGCCGGAGGGCGAGCGGAGCGCUCCACCAGCCGCCACGGACUGCACAGAAAGAAUUUCAUGUUCCAUUCAGUUUGCAGCUAUUUCCACUGAAAAAAAAAAAUAUAUAUAUAUAUGCUUGGACUACCUUUCAAUGGAUCUGCUUCUUGUGUUUGAAACACUUGUGUGCAUGAGAAUGUUAUUUGCUAUAAAAAGAUCUACACACAACAUACAGCUAGUGUGCGGGUGCGAACGGUACGGGUGCACGCUCACAGUACAAACAUACAGACACACACAUACACACACAACUCUCACUACAUAGAAACACCUCGCACAAAUAAUAUAUAUAUAGAUCUAUAAAUAUGAAUAUAUAUUUAAAUUAUUUAAAGAUCAACUGCCAAAAUGUGAAGUGUGCAAAGUAUUUUCCAUACAGGUUCAUUCUACUGGAGCUUGCGCAUCAGUGAUGUGCUACGUUGAAUUUGCCGCUACUCUAUUUAUUGUUCCGAGUUUACUGACGCUAGCUGUAUGUGUUUCAUUAUACCGAGUAAUGUCAACCGAACCAAAUUCCUAUGAUAAUGUAUCUGCCUCCAAUAAGACACUCUAUCCAUCAUCUCAAGUACUAAUAGCUCUAAAAGAGAUGGAUUUGUCCAACUUUUCCUUCCGAAACAUGCUUGUACUGUCAGUAAAUACUGUAAAUGUAGUUAAUUUGCAUGCCUUUAGGUUCUUGCCUUAAAAAGCUCCUCGUUUUGCAUCCUAUAAUCGAAGACAGGAAGCCUUAUCAGAGCAGCGCGGUGACACUUUGCUUGUGGGGGACCUGGAGAGAAGCUUUUUAAAGACUAGGGAGGAAAGUUUUACCGCAUUCGGUCCUUCUGCAAGUACCGUCGUAUGGGAUGUAAUUUUUGUGAUCUGUCGAGACGUUUUCUUUUGACUGCUUUAACUGUGGGAGCAUGUUUCCUUGUAGACUAGGUGUGGUAUAUGUUGCUAAGAACUAACCCCCCCCCCCGCUCCAUGCGCAUUUAAACACACUUAAUUAACUUAUGCUGAACACAGAGGGUUUUUGGAACAGAGAUCAGGUUGACGCGAUGGAGCUAGUGAGCUAAAACACUUAAAAGUGGGGAUUCCCUGGAGACUGGAUGAAGCUGGAGUUAGAUUUAGUUGGACAGCAUUGUUCUGUUACCAUCACAUCCACUUCUUUCCAGUUAGCCCACGGGUUGCAUAUCAUCACGAUGAAUUCCAAGGAGUUUUUUUUCUUUCUUUCUUUCUUCCUUUUUUAGACUGUUGGAGUGUCUUGUUUGUCUUUUUCAGUGGAAGUAAAUGAGUGUUAAAGCAGUGAAAGGAGCAGUGAAUGCCAUUUCAUUACUAAUAGAGGACAGCCCUUAACCGUAAAGCCAUGUGUUUAGUAGGUUGGACAAAUUUUCUUUUUCCCCCUCUUCAACCCCCUCUCAAAGUCUUUCUCUCUAACCAAUCAGUCAAAGUUUUUGUACUUUUUUACUCCCUUUCUCUCACAAAUUGUACACGUACUGAUGCAUACUAAAUGUAGAGAAGUUCAGUGAAGCGCAGUCCCGCCUGAGAACGCUUCGGAAAUCACCUGUUAGCCCGCUUAAAUAAAUUUGCCCGGCCCUGACGCUUUCCAGCCUGCGUGAAACUACCAGUAUUUUACAAGCCGAAGGAGGAUAAAGGAGAUGCGACAUGUCAUAAUAUACAGUACUGCAAUAAAGAUAUAUCAUACCAGUCCAUCGUCAUCGCACAGCAGUGUGACUUGUCCCCGUCAAGUUUCUAAUCUGAACUUCUUUACAUGAACAUCUUUGGCCAGAUAAUGUUUCUAAUUACAACUCUGUUAUUAAUAUUAUUGCUAUCAAGAUACCAAAUGUAAGCAAUGGCAACCGUGUACAAGGAUUCUUUUGUAGCAUGUAUUGUGUCCCUGACGACAUGGCUGCACUACUCCCUGUGUUGUGGUUUAAUCUAAUAAAAGGAAUUCUAUGGGC